GACAACUGUCAUCACUUCGUCUGGACCAGGCACAGAGGAGGAGCUGGUUGCAGCUGCUCAUCAUGAACACUCUAACCCUCGCAGCAAGUCUUGCAGUGAUCACAGUGGCCUACGGUAUCGUUACCUUCAAUGCCUACACCGACGACGAGAAGGAUGCUCACGAUAUUUUUCGAAUUUUGAUGAGACCUCGAACACCUGAGAGGUAUAUGCCGAAGUCGUAUUUCCAUAAACACGGAAUAAAACCAGCUACGAGACUGUCAACCUUCACUGUCAGGAACUGUGGGAACCCUGCCACUGAAUCCGGCAAACUUGUCAGUCUUCAAGUGACCCCUGACCCCAUUCAACUUCCUGGUGAAAUAGGUGUGGCUUUCGCCCUGGAUUUCUACAGGGCAGUUCUGACUCCUCUGAAGACCUCGGUGCAGAUCAAGAAGAGGGUGUUGUCCAAUUGGAUCACCGUCCCCUGCAUCGACCAGUUCGGCACCUGUGACUAUGCUGACUUCUGUGAAAUCCUCGAUAUGAUACCGGAGUGCCCUCAGCCAUUCAUCGACAACAACGUGCCAUGCCAGUGUCCCUUCCAACAGGGUAACUACACACUCCCCAAGACUCAGUUUGAGGUGGACAUCUCCUUCCUGCCUGCUGGUGACUACUUUGGUCAACUGAACAUGACGAUGAGCAACGCCCCAGUGGUUUGUUACCAGGUCUACCUCACAUUUGCCUGACAUUGUAUAACCGCUGUAUCACAUGGCUGCCAUGAACAACGCCCCAGUGGCCUGCUACCAGGUCUACCUCACAUUUGCCUGACAUUGUAUAACCGCGCGCUGUAUCACAUGGAUAAUACAGAUAUGUGUAUAGUGCACAGAAACGUACACUGUACAGUCUCUAUUGAUGCUAUGGUUCAGUUUAUUACAAAGAUGCAAUUCCAUUACAGAGACUAUAAAGUGAUCCAUACGAAA